UAUAUUGCCAUACAAUGAAUUUGAAGCUCUCAGUUCAUAUUUUGGUUCAGGUGAGUAAAGGAAAAUGGAAAAGUGGAAGAAAAAAAGUGCACAAGUGCUUGUAGUGGCAGUGAUAAUAUCAGUUAUAAGUGCUGCACCUCAUAAAUCAUCUACAGAUGAUAUCAGCUAUAGAUUGCCGAAAACAGUGAUUCCCCAUUCUUAUGAGUUGUCUUACCAAACGGCUGUUCAUAAUCAAGGAUUCACAAAUUUCCAUGGAAGUGUGAAGAUUAAGUUUGAGAUUGUUGGAGCUACUGAUGUUAUAGUCCUACACAGCAAAGGAUUAACAAUUGAAGGCGAACCUAAAGUAACAGAUUCUCAAUCAACAUGGCAUAAUUCAAAUUACACUUCAGUCGAAGAUCGAGACUUCCUUAUUAUUAAUUCAUUGAACACACUAUCAAAUGGAACAUACUACUUAGACAUAGCCUUCACCGGAAAGCUUAAAACGACAGCCCCAAAUGGAUUUUAUAGAUCCAAAUAUCAAGUAGCUGGUGAAAUUGAGCCAAGAUAUCUAGCAGCUACCCAAUUUGAACCAACCAGAGCACGUGAAGCUUUUCCUUGUUUUGACGAGCCUGAUUUAAGAGCUACUUUCCAAUUGGCAAUUACUCAUGGUUUGAAUUAUACUGCGUUAUCUAACACGGAGGGAAUAAAAAAAAACAUCGAUGCCGAAUGGGCUACGACAACAUUCAUAGAAACUCCAAAAAUGCCAACUUAUCUGCUUGCUUUUGUUAUUUCUGAUUUGAAAUCAACUGAAGUUAUGUCAGGGGAUAUCAGACAUCGAGUAUUUGCUAGACAAGAACAUGUUAAUAAGUUUUUUAAUUUGCCGGGUCUUGCAUUUUCAAAGGAAUACCUCGAUUUACUAGAAACAACAUUUUCCUUCCAAUAUGAUAGAACUAUUGAAAAAGUAGACAGUGUUGCAGUUCCUGAUCAUGGCAGUGCUAUGGAGAACUGGGGUUUAAUUUUGUAUAAAGAACAGUAUUUAAUUUUGGAAGACAAUCCUCAUCCUUAUGAAUUUUAUGAUGUGGCUGGAACGAUUUCACAUGAAAUAGCACAUCAAUUUUUCGGAAAUGUAGUGACGUGCAAAUGGUGGGAUCAGAUUUGGUUAAAUGAGGGAUUCGCUACAUGGAUCGAAUUCAUGUUACCAGAAUUAUCAAGCAUGACAAAAAGUCUUAGAUUUUAUGAUAUGUUCAACAUUCGAAAAACACACGUAGCACUUCGUUCAGAUUCCCUGGAAUCAACUCGUCCUAUGACACAUAGCGUCAACACGCCUUCCGAAAUAAGUGACUUAUUUGAUAAUAUUGCAUAUGAUAAGGCUGGUGCCGUCUUAAGAAUGUUUCAAUUUGCAAUUGGCGAUGAAUUAUUUAUAACUGGGAUUAAGAAGUACUUAACAGACAAUCAAUACAACUCGGUCACAUCGGAUGAAUUAAUAACAGCAAUUAAAAGCGUUUUGCCUACAAAUUUUGGUUUCGAUUUUGCAAGAGCAUUUAGAUCUUGGGAAUUGACUAAAGGAUAUCCAAUGAUUACAGUCAACUUUAAUGCUACUAAUAAAGAGUUCCUUGUUACACAAAAGCGUUAUAUAUCGUCAACUGAAGAAGUUCCACAAGAAGAUCCAUCUACUUGGUAUAUUCCAUUAAGUUACACGACUGGAGCUAACAUAAACUUUGAAAACAAAAUGUUCACUGAUUAUUUUGAUGAUGGAACUGCUCAAAAAACAAUUUCUACAGAAAAUAUCACAGAUUUUAAUGAAACUCAAUGGUACAUUUUUAACAUUCAGCAACUCGGCUACUAUCGAGUCAAUUAUGAUGAAAGUAAUUGGAACAAAAUCAUUCAAAUCCUAAAUAGCAAAAAUUUUGAUCAAAUUCAUGUCCUUAAUCGUGCACAGCUUAUUGAUGAUGCAAUGACUUUUGCAUUCGAUGGUGUCAUUUCUUAUGACAUUGCAUUAGGCAUUGUGAGUUAUUUAAGACGCGAGACUGACUACAUUCCUUGGUACACAGCAAUGGUCGCAUUUGAUAAACUUGAUUAUAUUCUUAAAGGAAGUGAAUUUUAUGAAGAUUUCCAAAAAUUUGUAAGAACUUUGGUCAGACGAUUGUAUAUCGAGUAUGACUUUGACAGAGUUAACUUCCUGUCAAACUCUGAGCAAUUAGCAAUUGAACUUGGUAUCAUGUGGUCAUGUAGGACUGGAGAUAAAAGAUGCUUAGACAAUUCUUACAGCAACUUAAAGUCUAGAAAAAUGUUAAAACCAUUGGAAAUCGCUUAUAUUUGCAACGGAAUGAAAGGUCCAAAUAGAACUGAUGAGUACAACUAUCUUUUCGAUAGAAUGGAGAAGUCCGUCGUACAAACUGAAAGACUAAGAAUCAUCAAUGGAUUGUUAUGCUCAAAUGAUCAUGAAAUAUUAAAGAAAUUCGUUUUAACAGCUGUUAAUGGUGAAACCUCCUAUCGUCAUCAUGAAACCCGAAGAAUCCUUGGAGCUGUAACACAAAAAAGUGAAAUUGGUCUAGAAGUUUUAAUAGAAAUCAUAGACGAGCAUUAUGAUGCAUUGAUUAAUCGCACAGAAGACGGUACUGUCAACGGAUUACUGGCAGCAGCUUCAAGUCGCAUCGCAUCCGAUAAGGAUGAAAAAUUGAUCAUGGAACUUUUAACUAGGCUUCAAAAUAGCAAUAAAACUGUUAACCCAGAUACUGUAGAUAAAAUCAAGAAGAACAUUAAGUUCAACAAAGAUUGGGCAGCAAGCUCAAAAGCUAAUGCUGCAUCUGUCUACAUCUACAAUGUUCUGAAAUCCAUAGAUGAUUUUGAAAAUGUGUUGAGACUUCCUAAAAUCGCAAGACCUGCACAUUAUAGUAUUUAUCUAGAUGUCAGCAACAUUGAUACUGGAGCCCUUCCAUAUACUGGAGAAGUUAAGAUUGAUGUCCAAAUUGAAGAAAGAACUGACAGAAUUAUUCUUCAUUCAAAAGAUCAUAAAAUUUAUGAAAUCAUUGUCACAAACAAAAUCUCAAUGCAGUCUAUUCAAAUCCUCGAUUUUCAUCAAAACCAUGAUGUCGAUACAUUGGCCAUUUAUUUUGUUGACUUCCUUCCAGUGAACACUUCCAUUCAAGUCAACAUUAAAUAUUCUGCUGAAUUACUGACAGAUAUAGAUGGAUUCUACCGAGAUUCCUACGUCGAAUUUGAUGCAAAUCAGUCACCAAAGACAAGAUAUUUAGCCACAACUCAAUUCCAAGCUGUUGAAGCUCGACGGGCUUUCCCAUGCUUUGAUGAACCUGGGUUUAGAACCGAAUUCGAUAUAACUAUCCGCCAUCCAUCGACUUAUAAUGCAGUAUCCAAUGCACCAGUGAAUAUGACAGAGACUAAUGACGACGGAACAACAGACACAAUUUUCAAUCCAACAGCCAAGAUGAGCACAUAUCUUAUAGCAUUUUUGGUAUCUGACUUCAAAUAUCUUUCAAAUAAUAAUACAAGACUUGUAGGAGAAGCACUUCAAAGCAUCUAUACAAGACCUGGAAAGGAACAGAAGGCAAAAUAUGGAUUGAAUAAUUCUGUGAAACUUCUAAAUGAGCUUGAAAAGUUCGGUGGAAUUAAAUUUGAUUUACCUAAACUUGAUUCAGGCGCGAUUCCCGGUAAAGGAGGUGGAAUGGAAAAUUGGGGAUUGAUUUUAUAUCGCGAAGAAGCUUUAGUUUAUGAAGAUGAUGACGAAGACAUUGCACAUGACUUAAUGCAAAGAGGAGUUCGACUGAUUGCUCAUGAAGUUGUCCACAUGUUCUUUGGAAAUUUAGUAACAGCUGAAUGGUGGAAUUAUCUUUGGUUAAAUGAGGGAUUCGCCACAUACGUCAUGUAUCAUAUCACAGACUUACUGUACCCUGAUUGGAAUAUGAAGCAAUUUUAUUUGAGAAACAUCAUGUUAUCUUACGCAUUUUUGACUGAUGCCUCCGAACACACUCGAUCAAUGUCAUCGGAACUGAUUACUGUUGAUGACAUUAAUGACUCGUUUGAUGAUAUCGCUUAUGAUAAAGCAAGUUGUGUGCUUCGAAUGAUGCAUCAUACAUUUGGAGAUUUAAUUUUCAGGGAUGCAAUUAACAGAUAUCUCAUCAAAAAUCAAUAUGGAUCAGUUACAUCAGAUGAUCUUAUUGAUGCAUUCCAAGAAGUACUAGACAAAAAAACACUUCCUUAUGACUUUAAACGCAUCUUCAGAACUUGGGAAAUGCAAGAAGGAUUCCCACUCGUAAGUGUCCAUUUCCAUCCAACUGAUUCGACAUUCCAUCUGACUCAGGAACGAUUCUUCAACAAUAAAUCGAGGAAUGUCAAUGAUACAAGCAGCUGGUACAUACCACUCAAUUAUGGAACUGCAUCGAACAUCAACUUUGAGGAUACAAGUCCAUCUCAAUAUUUCCCUGAUGGAUCAAAUGAAUUUUCAUUUGUAGAUGCAAAUUACGAUGGCGAGGAAUGGUUUAUCUUUAAUAAACAGCAAGUCGGAUACUAUCGAGUCAAUUAUGGAUCAAAGAAUUGGAAUGCAUUGAUAACAGCCUUGAAUAGUGAAGAUUUUAAGAAAAUUCACAUUGCAAAUAGAGUUCAGUUGAUUGAUGAUGCCUUUAGACUUGCUACUGCUGGAUAUAUUGACAUGGAAGUUCCUUAUGAGAUUUUAUUGUACUUAAGACAAGAAACUGAUUUCUUUGCAUGGGAUAUUGGAUUUGAGCACUUACUUGAUAUGUUUGAAGUUUUUGGUGCACGCAAUGAAGCUUUGAAUCUUUUUAUGUAUCAUCUAUCCAAAACUUUCUACAAUCAUUAUGAACUAUAUGGCAAGGAUUCGAUUCCGAAGGAAAGCAUGCCUGAGCGGUACGGUCGACAAUAUGCUAUACUUAUCGCAUGUGGAGCUGGAAAUGAGGACUGUAUAAGAGAUGUAAUUAAAAUUGGAUCCAAAGAUGUUAGAGGUGAACAAAGAAUCCCACCAGGCUUGGAAGAAGAAAUUCUUUGCAAUUAUUUCAGGCACACCGAAGAUCGUGAUGAAUAUAUUAAUGUUUUCAACAGAAUGAAUCAACUUUAUCAGCCAUCGGAGUCAAGAUAUAAGUCUAGGCUCAUUGGUGCUCUUGCUUGUACUAAAAAUUCGGAAUAUUUGUAUGAAUUCCUGGAAACUUCCCUUGGAAUGCACGAAAAUAAUGUAAACUAUACUCGAUCUGAAAAGCGAGCGAUUUUCAACGGGGUUGUUGCAAACCCGAACGGAAUGGGUGCUAUUUUUGAACUAAUUGAGAAUUAUCAAGGACAAGAAUUACCUACUAGUUAUGGCUGGUCAUGGUCUAGCAUUUUCACAAAUAUUGCUGGAUAUGUUUAUACAGAUCAAGACAAAUACAGAUUCCUAGAAUAUAUGAAUAAUGUCAACUACACUGGACUGUUAAGACAAGAUAUUGUAAAUGCCCAAUUAGCUGCUGAUGGUAAUAUAAACAACCAAGGAUUAACAUCGUAUUCAAAACAGAUGGAACUAAUUAAUGAACUUAUCGAAAGAGAAUUUUUGGAAUCAACUACAACCGAUAUUACUGAUUCAACAACAACUGAGUCUACAACAACUGAGUCUACAACAACUGAGUCUACAACAACUGAGUCUACAACAACUAAGUCUACAACAACUGAGUCUACAACAACUGAAUCCACAACAACUGAGUCUACAACAACUACGGAGCCUACUACAACAACAAGAUUCGAUUCUAGAACAACUGAAGAAAUAACCACCAAGGAAUCUACAACUUUAGAUUCAACAACAGGCUCAUCAUCGACAUCAGAACUCCCAACCACCACUCCAGACAGUGCAUCAUCUAUUAAAAUCAGUAUUCUUGCAUUUUUAUUAGCAAUUACAUUAGGAAUAGUCAUGCAGCAUUAGUAUAAAUAUUUAUUUCAAUUCUAUUGGUUCCUACUUUAUAUUUGAUGUCACUUAAAUGUUUUAAAAGAAAUUUAAAUACUUUGAAUAAAACAAUUUUAAUCAACAAAUUAAAAUUU